AUGGUUGGCUUCACUCAACUCUUCCUGGCUGUCUCAGCAGUGACUGGCGCACUUGCCGCUCCUGCGCCAUAUGACCUCCUUGACUUUGAGAUUGGAGGUGACAGACUCGCUGCCCGCCAAGACUAUACUCAGAACUACAAAACUGGCGGCAGCGUCAACUUUCAAUCAUCCACGAAUGGCUACUCGGUAACCUUUUCUGGAGCUCAGGACUUCGUUGUGGGAAAGGGAUGGAGUAAGGGAACGGACAGAAACAUCACGUUCACUGGCAGCACAUCCGCUUCUGCUGGAACCGUGCUUGUCUCCGUCUACGGCUGGUCGAAAAACCCACUGGUAGAAUACUACAUUCAGGAAUACAGCAACGGACAAGGCGCCGCUCAGGGUACCAAACUUGGAACGUUGGAGAGCGAUGGAUCCACUUACGACAUCUGGAAGCAUCAGCAAGUCAACCAACCAUCUAUCUCAGGUACCACGACCUUCAAUCAGUACAUCUCGGUUCGACAAGACAAGCGCACUGGAAGCGGUACCGUCACUACCGCAAACCAUUUUGCAGCAUGGGCCAAGCUCGGCAUGAAUUUGGGGACAAUGGAUUACCAAACAAUUUCCACAGAGGGUUGGGGCGGUGCCGGAGGAAACUCCAAG